AGCAACAUGACAUUACCGCCAGCAACAUUUACAGUUAUUGCAGCGGCUGCAACUAACAACAAUCGACAGCAACAGCAGCAGCAGCAGAAAAAACAGCAGACGCCGCCACAACAGCAGCAAACAAACAAUUGUCGAAUUAGUUAGCCAAUUGUUCAACAAGUCAGUUUGUGUAUAUUCAUUAUCUUAUCGGGGCAGUGGUUUGUAUUUUUCUAAGGAUUUGUGGCAUGAAAAUAUAUUUGCAAUGACAUAAACAUUGAACUAGUAUAAAAUGACAAGUUGGGCAAGUUAACAAACUUAGUUAAGCGACAAAACGAAAGCGCAGCGCACAGCAAAAUGCCGAGCCAGCUAACAAUCGAGGAAAUAAAUGUAAAUGAAACAUUAAGCGAAAUGACGCCAACAGCCAGCAAACGCAAUUUGCAGCAGCAACAAGCAACGAAUGAAACAACAAUAAAUUUGGAUAUAUGCGAAAGUGAUGGCGAAGUUGUUAUAACAGAGACUGAGACGGUGGUAAAGCAGCCACAUAAACAUCACAAGCAUCAUCAUAAACAUCAUCAUCAGCACAAACAAGAGUCGCCAGUGCCGCCACCUUUGCCACAAAGCGCGCCGCCUCAGCUGACGCCCACCGCGGAGCUAACACAACUGGAGUGGCAUACGGAUUUGGAUGCGGACGAGCUGCCGCCGCAACAGUCAGCGCCAACAGUCAUAAAGCUCAAUCAGCCAAGCACACAGUGCAGCGAAUUGCCACAAGCAGCAGCAACAGCAGCAGCAAACCCAACGACAACCAACGCGCCACAGCCAGCAACCACAGCAGCAAUCAACGCUGAGCUGCUGCUCGUUGGUGUGGUUACUGCCGAUACGAGCGACAAAUAUAGCAGAAGCUAUAGAGUUAGCACCGAUUUGCCGCACACGCAGCCGCAGCAGCCAAAGAAACGCUGCUGCUGCUCCAAGCGCUGCUGCAUCAGUUAAAUUUGCCAACGGCCACACUUUUUGUCGCUUAUCAGUUACAAGCGCAUGUGAGUUUAAGCUCCAAGUUUUGUUUUUUAUCUAAUCACUGGACAUUCAAAUAAAUACAUAAUGAAUAAUUAAUUACGCUUGACGCACUGUCAAUUGUUCAUUCAAAUAAACGCAACACUCGACGCCAGUCAGUCAACAGUUCCAUAGCAAUUCAUAGCAAUGCCGCCGCCAAGACGCGCCUUUGGGCCAGGACCGCAGCGCAUGGGCGGAGGCUUCGCCGGGCCGCAGCGCAUGGGAGGCUUUGCAGCUGCUCCUCAGCGUGCGCCGAUGGGUCCAGGACUACAACGACCGCCUCCAAUGGCCGCAGCGCCGCCGCCGCCUGCACCACGCACCAAUGUUAAUGUAGAUGUCAAUGUUAACUCAAGACCACCGCCCAUGGGCAUGGGCGCCGGCAUAGGCGUAGGCUUGGGAGUUGGCAUGGGCAUGGGCAUGGGAAUGGGCAUGGGCGCCAGCAUGAUGCAGCCGCCAGUUGUCAUUGGUGCCGCUCCGGUUGUCAUCGGCGCCUCCGUAGCGCCGCCCCCUGUUAUAGUGGAAACUGUUGUGCCCGCGCGUCCUCCAGCAGCAACUGUUGUUGUCGGCGCGCAGCAGCCAAUGGCAGCGACCACAACAGUCUACACGCAGCCACGCGGCGAAGUUUGUUGUUGCUGCAUCUUGUGAGUAACGCUCCAGUGACUGUGAAUAAAAUUGUUAGGCCAAAUAUAUUUCAAUGAUAAGGAAACGCAAUUGACAGCUUAUGUCUUGCUUCAGCGACUAGAUAAAAAGUGUAAAGCACCAUGAACGAUGAAUAGAUAAAUAAAUGUGUAUAUAACAAAUUUAAGAAUUAAUUGUGUGGCGAAUCAAAGCGGAAAUUAAAUAAAUAACAAGCUGCUAAGUAUAUA